UUAUUCGGUUCACAGUCAAGAUGCCGAGCUUUCUGGGUGUAGUAAUCAGUGUGGCUCUUUUGAGCUUGGUGGCGGGCCAGGCAACGAACGUUUCUCAAUCCAUGGACCUCUAUAUACUGCAGAACCAGCGGCAGUACGAUGCGAAGAUCAAACAACUUGAAGAUCAGUUGGCCAGUUUCAGGAUUCUUUUCAACAAGCGAAUUGAGGCUGUAACUGUUCAGGCGGACUCGAUGCAGUUAAAGCUAGAGCAAGCCUCCGCGCACCUGGACCCUAUCACCCUGAUCGAUCCCUGGAGCAAGCAGUGCGUUCAAAACUAUAGCGUAACCAUCCCAACGGUUAGCGCCGCCAGAUCGUCCAUUACCAAGUGCGCGGAAAACAUCAAUGGGGUAUUAAACUCUCCAGAGAGUACCUACAACACACUAAACAAUUACUUCAAAAAUAACUUGAAAAAUGGUCUGGCGCAAUGUGCCAAGCUUCAUCCCACUGCUCAGUUAAAUUACACGCUAUGUGUGACCAAGGUGAUCGGUGAGGCUAAUAAGUACACGGUGAACAGCCAGAAUAACUUCAAUAACUACCUUAAAAGUUCCGAGUGUACAGCCGAGAAUCGUGUACGCAGUUCCUGGCAGUGCUCCUUUGGACAGGUCUACUCUAUUACCUCCACCGUGGAAGUUGCCUUGCAGCUCAUUGACACUUGUAUUGCCAAUAGACUGGUGUGCGGCUCUACCACCUGCUCCACCGACAAGCCCUCGUGCCCGAAUGUCACAAAUGUUACUCUGGCCGAGAUCAAUCCCCAAAACGAUACUAUUCCAAACCCUUUUACCUUUGUCACCAACACUACGAAGUGCGUUGAGUUUAGGUUUAACAGAUAAAUAUUAAGACGAUUGUUAUUGUACUGAAAGUACAUAUUUAGUCCCCUUACUUGUUUUAUAAAGUCCACUUCCCUAUGAGAAACGUUUUUGUUUUUAGAAAAGAUGUGAAUGUGUGGCGUAGAAAGAAAUUUUGUUAAAACAAGGCGAAGCUUUAGAAAUAAUAAACUUUAGUAACACCAUGUGAAA